CUUAGCCAACCAAGGAUGAAUCAACUGGGCAUGAACCAAUCAGGCAUGAACCAAUCAAGCUUACCAGACAGGAAUCAACCAGGGAUGAGCCAGCCAGGCAUGAGCUUAUUUGGUAUGAACCAACUAAACAUAAACCAACCAAAUACAACCUUAACUGACAUGAACCAACCAGGAAUGAGCCGGCCAGGCGAGAGCCAAAUAGGCAGGAGCCAACAAGGUACAUGUCUAUCUGACACAAACCAAUCAGACACAAGGCAACUAGGUAUGAGUCAACCAGCCAUGUGGCAACCAGGCACGAGAAAACCACACUCGAGCUUAUUCAGUACAAGUCAACUAAGCAUGAGGCAAUCAGGCCCAAGCCAGCCUUGCACAAGUCAACCAGGGCUGAGGCAACCAGGCCUGAGGCAACCAGGCCUGAGCCAAUUCAGUAUGGGUCAAUCAGUCAUAAGGCAACCAGGCUGGAGCCAAUCAGGCACAAGUCAAGCAGGAACAAGCCAAUCAGGGACAAGCCAAGCAGACAGAAACCAACCAAGUCCAAGCCAACCAGGCAGAAGCCAAUCAGGCAUGAGGCAGCCAAGCCUCAUGAAAUCUUUCCGAGUAAGACCUGCAGAGGCACAUGACUGCCCAGAAAUCCUGCGCCUAAUUAAAGAAUUGGCUUCCUGUGAAAACAUGCUAGAUUCAGUGAAGUUAACAGUAACAGAUUUACUCAGGGAUGGCUUUGGGGACAAUCCCCUUUUCUACUGCCUGAUUGCAGAAGUACACAGUCAACAAAAACCAUUAGGCAAAGUGACUGUUGGAUUUGCCAUGUACUACUUUACAUACGACCCCUGGAUUGGCAAGUUACUUUACCUAGAGGAUUUUUAUGUCAUACAAGCUUACCGAGGUCUAGGUAUUGGAGCUGAAAUGCUGAAGAGAUUAAGUCAGAUAGCCAUCAGAAGCCAGUGUAACUGCAUGCACUUUCUUGUUGUCAUUUGGAACCAAGCUUCUAUUGACUACUACACUCGUCGAGGAGCUUUAGACCUUUCGUCUGAGGAGGGCUGGCAUCUGUUCAGAUUUAACAGAGAAGAACUCAUGGAUAUGGCAAAGGAAGGCUGA